AUGAAGGGAAUCAUAAUCAAGAAGACGCCGCUGGACCUUAUACUUGGCGGCAACAAGACCUGGGGGAUCCGCGGUUCGCCAGCGACACACCGUGGCUUUGUGGGCCUAGUGGUCGGGUUUGCCAAGUUGGUAGACUGUAUCAAGCUGGACAACGAGGUGUUUGCAAGCCACUCGGACCGCCACGGGUCGCAGGCCCUGCACAGUGGGUACAAGACGCCGUAUGCGUGGGUCCUGGAGUCGCCCGUGCGGCUACAGCGAGCGCUCCCGUACCAGCACAAGCAGGGGUGUGUGAUCUGGGUCAACAUUGACGACUCUGUGGUUGCCGAGUCGAUGGUGCAAGCGUACAUUGACUCCAAAGCCGGCCCAAGACCACCCGAGGAGGUUGCCGUUGUUGCCAGGGUCCCCGAGCCCCGUCCGCUACCACCGCAGCCACGGCCUGGAAGGAGUGGUGGUGAUCAUUUGACAGUGCUUGAGCACCUCGAAAAGCACGGGUACGCCGUGGUGCCGACGGACCUGGACGUGGCGCAGGCGAGGGCAUACUUUGACGCGGAGAUUGCCAACUUCCCCGAGUUCAACGCCGACGCCAGCAAGUAUGUACUGGGUGGCUUUGGGGCGCUCGGGAACCCCGCGUCGUUCCACAACCCCACUGUGCGCCUACUUAGGGUGUGGGCGCACGCGAUCAUCAGACCCCUCCUGGCGCCCCUGGCUGGAACACAAGGUGGGCCAAUGUACUUUGAGCAGGUGGUCGACCGCAUGAUGGUGCGACAGAAGGGCGAAUCGGCCUCGGCGGAGGCGUGGCACCGGGACGAGGCCAAGCUGGCCGGGGCCGACGAUCUCGUGUUUGGGGGCUGGUGGAACCUGGACUCGACGGCUCAGUACUUUUCGUGCAUCGCCGGGUCGCACAAGGUGGUGUCUGGCAACAAGGGGUUUGCAACCGUCAAGCUGAGCGCAGAGCUAAAGGCGCAGAUGCGGCGGGACCGGACGAAGGUCAGUUUCGUGCGCGGUACAUCAACACACGAUUCCGUACAAGUUGUGUCGCAACACCGUUUUUUCAAGAAAUUCGGAAAAAAAAGUUUCGUGCGCGGUACAUCAGUACACGAUUCCGUACAAGUUGCGUCGCCGCUCUUAUACGCAUAA